AUGUGUGUAGUUCAGUUACAGAAACUACAUCUUUAUUCAUCUAAGUUAUAAUUCUAUUUAAUAUUUGCUUGCAAAAGUGAAAAGUUUGAUUUACGGAUCUUCCAUUUCGCCAUUGAAAUGCUUCCCUCUCUAAAAUUUGCCAAAUAACACAAACAUGUGAAAUUCAAAACUGGGAGCAAAACUUAAAUAAGCUGGUGUAUUUAAUAGCAAAAACAGUAACUUCAUUUAAACACACUACAAAAGGAGAUUAUUGCCAAUUUUAAAAAAUUUCAAUCAAAUUUUUGAGUAUCAAAUUAGUUUCAUUUGGUUAAUCGGAAAUUUGUCAUUUUUUUUUAAAUAAUUUAAAUUCAGAAAAAAGGUGCAGAUAUCAUUAUAAUAGGCUCCUAAACAGUCUAAAAUUUCUUCAAAUAUCUAAGUUUAUGUAUAGUAUUUAUAUUAUUUAUUUCAUAUCACUUAUAUAAUUUUCGUAGAAUUCAUUAGAAGUAAUUUGGGAACAACUUGUCAAAAAAGACCAUUUGUAUCACGUGAAUGAUGGGUACUAAACCAAAUAUAAUCUACUGUUUCGCUAGCUACGGCGAUACGGAUGAGUAAUGCUGAUUAAAAUGCAAUACUUGCAAUCGAAUUACUCAUAAAAGCGCUUUUUUGGUCUAUUUUUAAUAUUAGGCAGAACAGUCUGAAUGAUUGAUGAAUAUGAUACGAUUAAGGUAGGAACAAAAAGCACCAGACACUAAUUCUUAAUUUGUGACGCUUUGACGAAUGGCUCGACGGUUGGUUUGAAAUGAUGUUCUAGUAGAGCGGAAACACGGGGAUGACCUUCAAUAAAUCUGAGCAUAAAUUAACAAACAGGCAAACUAUUCCCCCCAAAGUUAAACGAACUUGUCCUUGAUGAGACUCACCUUGCUGCGAUACCCUCGUUACAACAGUCCAGUUUCAGCGACUGGUAUCGCUGUAUCGAACUCCAGCGCGACAUUUACAUACACCACCGCCAUGCUUUCCAGUCUCACCCAUCCACUGUGUCGAUGGCGUCAGCAUCCAAGUUCACGACUGCCUAUAAACGCAACGUCAUGGCCGAAAGUUUUGAAGGAAAGUCAUCCCAUGUAUCAGCGAACCAAGCGGCCGUGCCUUCGUACGCGACGGACAUAACGCAUCGUUAUCCGACGUUUCGUGACGAACCGUUCAAGACCGUGCACAAUUGGCUGGACGGCAAGAGAUACGACGAUGGUGCCGAGGGCCUGUGGCGAAUAAAUGACGAUCUGUACGAUCUUGAAGAUUUUGCACAUACGCAUCCAGGAGGCGCUGAGUGGAUCCAACUAACCAAGGGUACGGAUAUUACAGAGGCGUUCGAAACGCAUCACAUCAGCCGACGGGCAGAGCUAAUGCUACCGAAGUUCUACGUCCGGCGGGCCACACAACCACGCAACUGUAGGCUAACGUUUCACGAGCAUGGAUUCUAUCGAACGCUCAAGCAGCGUAUCAGGGAACAGUUGGGCCGCGUGAAUCCUGCACCAAAAGUACGCUCGCGCCAGAUAGUGGAUGGACUGAUAGUGUGCGUGAUGCUGACCGCCUACCUAGCCGUCAGGCUAGAAAGUUUCGCCAUUGGAAUAGUUUGUGCCAUCUGCGUAAACGCAACCGUAAUUGCGGCGCACAAUUUUCUACACCAGCGAGAUAACUGGCGCAUGUACGCGUUUAACAUAGCGUUUCUUAGCUAUCGGGAGUGGCGUGUAUCGCACGCCAUUUCUCACCAUCUGUUCCCGAAUUCAGUGCUCGAUAUGGAAAUUUCGUCGUUCGAGCCCUUCCUGUGCUAUCUACCGUGGGCGGAUCUUAAGAACAGCUUCCAGCGGUACGGUUCCUGGUUCUAUGGGCCGUUUAUAUACGGCUCGAUCUUUCUGAGCGAGUACCUCAAGCGGUUGAUGGAUAGCUUCAGCCAAGGGAAGAACCGGUUUCAUCUGGACGAUCUAAUUCCUUUCCUGCUGCCCGCCUUUAUGUACGCUACCAAUCCGGAACGCAUCGGCGUAAUUUUCCAACUGUGGCUGUUUGUGGUGUUGAUGGCUAGCUUCUUCUUUGGGCUUAUUGGACUGAGCGCUGGCCAUCAUCAUCCGAAAGCACUGCAUUCCGGUGAUUUAUUUCCUAAUGACAUGGAUUUUGGACUCUAUCAGAUGGCUACGAUUGUAGAGCGAAGAGGUGUGGAGGGAUCGUUGUUGAAAGUGUUAACCACCUUUGGUGAUCACUAUUUGCAUCAUCUCUUUCCGACACUCGAUCAUGCGAUCUUGCCACAGCUGAACGAUGUGUUUCUGGCUACGUGUGAAGAGUUUGGUGCCGGCAAACGGCUCAGUUCUUGGUUUUCGCAGUAUAUUGCACAAAAUUUACAACUUGCUCGUGUGCAGCCCAAACAAUAUCAGCCAGAAAUGAUGGCUAAUAGGGGAAAGACUAAACAUAAUCAGCGUGCAUAGUAUAUAAUGCUGAACCCAGUGAUCGUAAAGCGUUACUGUGCUACUGUAUGUUGAAACAGCUGCUGACUGAACAGCAUAGUUGUUUUUAAAACAGACAGGGAACAGUGCAGAAAGGAAUAAGAAUGCAUAUUACUUCAUCAUUACACUAUUAACUUGGGUUACUCCAAAGGAAAGGUUGUAAACUAUGCAUAUGCGGAAUGAAUCAUAGCUGUAACGUUUUUAGUCCCAAAACGACUCAACUAAUUUUGCUGCUUAUUAUUUGCUACCGGAAAUACGGGUAAAUAGAAUAUCCCAUUGAAGAGUGUAAAAUAAAGUGAUAACUUACAAA